GGUGAGCCCGCUUUUAAAACGACUGAAUAUUUUUCUUGUAUCCGCGGCUUUCCAGAAAGCUAUUGAAGGAAGUAAUUGUGCCUGGAGCCGAAGACCGGGUAAAGGGCAGUCCACCAACGGGGCGUUGUAUUCUGCGCUGUGGGCGGCAAUGAAAACUCCAGGCAUCAGCAUUACUAUAUCAGGGGAGCGAUAAAGAAGGGGGUGUAUAAAAGAAAUAUAUAUUUUAGGGAAUGAAAAAUCCUAUUGUCAAAGAGCACCAGAGAGGGAGGAAAGGACACACAAGAGCUGCACUCCCACCGGUCGCUUCUUAUAUAAUUCCCUUAUCCUUCGAACCUGUCUCAAAGCCGUAGGAGCAUGCCGUGCAGCGUGGUGAAGUCUUUCCUGGUGAGCUUGUCUCGGAGGAAACCCAUUGAGCCAGAUGGAGAGGAAUCUACCUUUAACCGAUGUCUGACCACCCUGGACCUGGUGGCCCUGGGUGUGGGCAGCACUCUGGGGGCUGGAGUCUACGUUCUCUCCGGAGAGGUGGCCAGAGACACUGCUGGACCCAGCAUCAUCAUUUCCUUCUUCAUUGCCGCCCUGGCGUCCAUAUUUGCAGGGCUAUGCUACGCAGAGUUUGGGUCAAGGGUUCCAAAAACAGGCUCAGCUUACCUUUACAGCUAUGUGACCGUUGGGGAGCUACUGGCUUUUAUCACUGGUUGGAAUCUGCUUCUCUCCUAUGUCAUAGGAACAUCCAGUGUUGCACUGGCAUGGAGUGGGACAUUUGAUGACCUUAUUGGGGGGGUCAUAUCAAAGUUCUUUCAAGAAAAUGCUGCCAUCAACGUCAGUGGCCUGGCGCCUUACCCAGAUGUCUUUGCUGCUGUUCUCAUCAUCCUACUCUCAAGUGUGCUGGCAUUUGGGGUGAAAGAGUCCACCACUAUCAACAAGAUCUUCACAGCGAUAAACAUCCUGGUGCUGGUGUUUGUGAUCAUCUCUGGAUUCAUCAAAGGCGACAUCUCCAACUGGAGGAUCAGCGAGGAGAGCCUGAUCAACGUCACAGCGGACCUCAAAAACCUGUCCUCAACCGUCAAUGUAACCAGUGUGUAUGGAGCAGGUGGAUUUUUCCCUUAUGGCUUAAGUGGAACGCUGGCUGGAGCCGCAACAUGCUUUUACGCUUUUGUUGGAUUUGACUGCAUUGCUACAACAGGUGAGGAGGUGAAAAAUCCCCAGAAGUCUGUCCCUAUUGGCAUCGUGGCCUCUCUUCUGAUUUGUUUCUUGGCCUAUUUUGCUGUGUCUGCGGCUCUCACUCUGAUGAUGCCUUACUACUUGCUCAAUGAAAAGAGCCCCCUCCCAGUGGCCUUUGAAUAUGUGGGCUGGGGUCCGGCCAAAUAUGCUGUGGCUGUGGGAUCACUGUGUGCCCUGUCCACCAGUCUGCUGGGUUCUAUGUUCCCGAUGCCUCGGGUACUGUUUGCCAUGGCAAGAGACGGACUGCUCUUCCAGCCUCUGACUAAAGUCACUGCUAAGGGCAGUCCUGCUGUAGCUACUAUAUCAUCAGGAAUUGUGGCAGCCAUCAUGGCCCUCCUGUUUGACCUGGAAUCUCUGGUGGAGAUGAUGUCCAUUGGUACUCUGUUUGCAUAUACACUUGUGGCAAUAUGCAUCCUAAUACUGAGGUACCGGGCAGAUACAUCUGAGGAAUCAGACUUGAAGAUCGCAGAAUCCAAGUCAAAGUUUAGCAUCUUUCGUCCUCCAUCAUCUCCCAACCAUUCCACAUCGCGAACAGUCACGCUGUUGACAAUAUCCUCCGUUCUUUGUGUACUUGCACUGUGCAUCACCCUGACCCAGGCCAUCGAAGCUCUGUCCAAUGCAGAGGCAUGGAGUGUGGCGCUUGUUUGCAUUUUUGGAGUGCUCCUGGUGAUAAUCCUCGUCUUAAUCUGGAUACAACCACAAAAUCCCACCAAAGCGACUUUUAUGGUCCCCUUCCUUCCUGCUUUGCCUUUGGUGAGCACACUCAUCAACGUUUACUUAAUGGUGCAGCUGAGUCCAGGCACAUGGUUGAGAUAUGCCAUUUGGAUGUUAGUGGGAUUAGUGAUCUACUUUGGUUAUGGAGUCUGUCACAGUGUUCAGAGGAAGCGUGCGACAACCAACCAAACAGUAAUUGAAACAAUCAGCAGCAAAGCAGACUUGGAGAUCAUUAAAGAAGAGAAAUUCUGAGCAGUGACGGAGUGACAAGAGAUAAACUGAGAUGUUACAGUGAGCAAACUCUUUAUUGUGUAACUACUGUUUUACAUAAAUCAAUGCUGAACAGAUUGUGCAGUGUUCAGUGUUUGGGUGUAUCAGUGAGUUAAGCGUACAGUACAAAGGUGCAGAAAAUUCCCCUGACUUAUAUCUUGAUGGACUGAAAUACUACCCAACACAUCCCUAAAAAUAAUUCAAGCAGUGAAUGGUCUUAUUCUUAAAUGGCCAUUUUUCUGAAAACUGUGCAUAAGAAAUGCACAAGCUGUGUUUUGAUCAAUGGUCCUUUUCACACCUUUAUUUACCAUAUUUGGGGUGGUCUGGGGUGUAUGAUCCCACCUCCAUCAGCUUUUAAAUUUGCUUCCCAAGUAGUUACAAAUGUUGGAGACAGAAUUGUGUGUUUUUGUUUUACUGUACAUAAUUCUAAUCAUGCCAAUAAAUAUAUAUUUCUCUAUUUUAACUUAUGAUACAUUUGUUAACUUAUUAACAAAUGUUUUCUGCUUCCUGGGGGGGAGGGGGCGUAACAGGAAAUUGAUUGAGAAGCACAAUGUCAACAUGUUAACAGGUUUUAACAAGUAUUUAGGGGUUAGGGUAUUCAUUUUAUUUGUUGUUGAGAGUAAGUAUGAAAACUGUACAUGUGUGUUGGCAAUAUUCCUGUAAACACAUUCCUUAAUAAAAGAUUAAACAAUUAAGUUUUGCA